GGGGGAAGAGGCACAAAGUGAAGCCACAUUGCCAAACUUGCCCGGCGAUUGCAGCAGCGAGCGGCGGCGGCGCCCUGCGUGUGCGGCUCAGCGGCGGGGACCGAGCUCUGCAGCUCCCCUCCCGGGAAGCGGGAGCGGGAGGAAGGACCCGGGCAGACGCCUCUCAUAGCAAUAUCUAUAUUUUUCCAGCCUGGGCUGCCCCUUGCCGGGCGGGGGGCUCCCUCCAGCGCUCCCGACAGCCGGCGAGAGGGCGAGCGCUGUGCUUAUUUCUUUGCAAGGAGACCUCUUCAGGCACCCCGAGCGGCGCUCCCCGGCCUUUUGCAAUAUAGAGGGGAAGCAGGCCAUGGUGAACCCCGGCGGCAGCGCGCAGCCGCCCCCGGUCACGGCGGGCUCCCUCUCCUGGAAGAGGUGCGCCGGCUGCGGGGGGAAGAUCGCCGACCGCUUCCUGCUCUACGCCAUGGACAGCUACUGGCACAGCCGCUGCCUCAAGUGCUCCUGCUGCCAGGCCCAGCUGGGGGACAUCGGCACCUCCUGCUACACCAAGAGCGGGAUGAUCCUCUGCAGAAACGACUACAUCAGGUUAUUUGGAAACAGUGGUGCUUGCAGUGCCUGUGGACAGUCCAUUCCUGCUAGUGAGCUGGUCAUGAGGGCACAGGGCAACGUCUAUCAUCUUAAGUGUUUUACAUGCUCUACCUGCCGGAAUCGCCUGGUCCCCGGAGAUCGGUUUCACUACAUCAAUGGCAGUUUAUUUUGUGAACAUGAUAGACCUACAGCUCUCAUCAAUGGCCAUUUGAAUUCACUUCAGAGUAAUCCACUACUGCCAGACCAGAAGGUCUGCUAAAAGGUCAGAGUAAUGCAGAAUGCGUGCCUUCAUCUCAAAUUUUGUUCAUCACAGAUGGAUCCCAUGUCUCCAAGUAGACAAGUCACCUUUGUAGCUAGCAUCAAUGCCAGCUCCAUACCAUUGCACCUUCUUUAUUCUUGAUUGCCCUUCCCACAUUUAUUGGUGUAUUAAAAUGACUGAAUAUGAACAUUAAGGACUCCAUGAACCUGGGCUAAUGGGAGACUGUAGAGAAAAUGAAAAAAGAUCCACCGGAGGACAUCUUUGGGGGGGUGGGUGGGGAAGAUGACUAAUGAAGCUAAUUAAAAGAAGCAUUGAAAUCUGCUUUCUACCCUCAUUAACAAUUAGCAGGGCACUGGCCAGUUUGUACCCUGUGUUUUACCUUAACAACAUUCUAUUUGCUCUUUGUAUAUUUAAGUGUUGUAAGGAAAUGUGUUUCAAUCAAACUGAACAUGAGAUAAAGAUGUGGCUUUUGUGAUAUUCUAUCACAAACACUUUUAUUGUAUCUCUGUAAAAUACAAUGUAUGUAUGCAUGUAAGUGUUUUUGUCCUAAUGUUGCUACUUCCCAUGGCAAAAAAAAAAAAAAAAAAG